UUUAUCAUUUUCAGAAAUCUACACAACGCACGCUUUUACAUUUAUGGAGCUGAUGCAAGGUGACGACAAGCACUACGUGCACCCAAAUGCUGAAUCCUUAGCAUGUAAAACCCAAGGAAUUUUUUAUUGUUGUCGCAUGAAGUCACAAGGUCACGCAGGGAUGCGAGAGUGCGAGCAGAUGAGCAAAGGUUGCGAGGCGGUACCAGUGUACUAGCAACAAAAGAAGCUGACUGCGUCAAAUUUUAUUGCUCGUGACGCCGAAGAAAUAAUAUAUCAAAAUGUAUAUUAUAUAUACAAACAUGUAGUUGCACGAAACAGGUGAGUUGGUGUUGGAAACAACGCAGCGUGAUGAAGCAAAAGCACAGCAAAUUUUAGCAAAAAUGAAAACCCUCAAAAUCAUCGUGAUAAGCUAAAAACGCCAGAAUGCCGAGUGAAAACGAAAAGCAUUUUAAAGUCCCCUUUUUGUUGGUUUUGGAGCUGAAUGCUGUGCUAUUCAAAAAUACAUCACAGCAUGCUACUUUGUUUAUGACUACAGAACGAAAGACUAGCAGCAGCGAAGUAAUGGCGGGCAACACUCGUGUGCAAAUACAUAGAAAAUAGAGCAAACUAUAACCAAAUUAUGCGGAAUGAGAAAGCCUGCUGCACAAAAAUCGGUAGAAUAUUUGCUAACGAACGAGUAAAUAAUUAUCUAGUCGUUAGUCUACACAAAUCGCUCCAACAAGUUGGACUGUGCUAACAUAAUUCAAAGUAUGAGUUCAUUAAUCGCAUCAGAAUACGACAAAGAUGAACUAGUGCCGCCGGAAUGGUUGAACUAUGACUUCUUUGAGCGUGUCUUGCAAUCCCAGAACAGCGGAGAAAAUAUUCAAAUUACAAAUAUUGAAAUUCAGCCCGCAACCAAAAAGGGGGAGCACUAUGCCAGUGCGAUGUUCCGAAUUAAAGUGAUGUUUACUUUGUCAGCCGACUGUGAUGUAAAGUCAUUUAUUGUCAAAGCUCUACCGGAGUUGGAGGGCGAGAAACAGCGUUUGCUGGAAAACUCAAAGCUCUUCGAAACCGAAAUCGGAGUUUAUACCAACGUAUUGCCCAGACUGGUGGAAGUGCUGCGAUUGGCAGGCGAGUGCAUACGAUUUGGCGCGGAUUGCCUUUAUCAUGCUCUUACGCCAUUCAAGUUAUUGGUUUUUGACGAUUUAAGACAGCUCGGCUACGAUAUCGUUCGCAAUCGUGCGCUAACUUUGAGUGAAAUAAAAGCAAGCUAUCGCAAAUUAGCCAAGUGGCAUGCGGCAAGCUAUAAAUUGGCUAACGAGCAACCCGAAAUUUUUGAAACACUUUCCGAGAGUUUCAUGACCCUACCGUAUGUUGUCAAUAGCUCAUUCAUAUCUGGCGGUAUCAAGAGCUUUAUCGAUAUGCUCGAUUCAGUGCCAACGUUAAAAAUGUACAAACCAUACUUCGAGGCCAUGCAGCCAGACUGGGCUAUUAAAUGUCGUGCAACGUAUACCGAGUAUUUUUCUAAUCGUCAAACACAAACCUGUUACGGCAUCUGUCAUGGAGAUUUGCUCGCCAAUAAUUUGAUGUUCCGACAUGCACCUCUUACUGGCGUAUUGGAGGAUGUACUGCUCGUGGACUACCAGCUCACCUAUAUGGGUCCCUUAGUCAACGAUCUCAUAUAUUCGUAUUUCAUGCUCUAUACGCCGCAGCAACGGGCCACAAAUCAUGAAGAACUUUUUGAGUAUUAUUUCAGACAUUUUGUACAGACUUUGGAGUUACUUGGAUGUCAAAUGGAACUAUUAACAUUUGAGAGUUUCCAUCAACAACUGAAGCGGCAGAAAAUUUUGGCACUUUUUCUAUUAAUCAGCUUUCUACCCAUACGCUAUGCACUAUGCGCUGGUCUAAUAGACAGGGAUCACUUGAUGGCCACCGUGGAGGAACGUCGCGAGCUCUACUAUGACAAAAAUUACAUCGCUGAGUUGCACACCAUUCUACCAAUGUAUUUGCAUUUAGGUUAUUUACAAUAGUAAAUAAAAACAAAAGAAUAAUAAAAACAAAUAUUAUAAAUAAAUUUUAAAAAAA